AUGAAGAUGGGAGAGUUUGCGGCCAAGGAGAAUGAGAAUCCAUGCGGUUUGGAAACGGAGUUAGCAGAGAGAUCAAUGUGGCUGAUGAAAUGCCCUUCUCUGGCCGCUUCCUCUCUAAAGUCUCUUCCUUUUCCGAACGAUCCGUUUCUUCCUGUAGCCAAACUGAUAAUCUCCAUAGACCCUCUCGCUUCUGUAGACGAUGAAACCAAAGUUGCAAUGGAACUAACGCGAGAUGAGUUUGGAAACAUCCCAAAACGUUAUGCUUUGGAUAUGUCUAAAGAUUUCAUCCCCAUGUUUGUCUUCUGUGAGUCUUCGUCACAUGGAGAAGGGAAGAUUAAAGGAACUAAGGUUGAGUACAAGAUUGUCCCCCAGGAGUAGGAGGAACUCUCUCUCUCUCACAAUGUCUCGUUCAUGUUUUAGAAUAAUAAAUUUGAUUUCUAUAAUAAAGGCUAGCUAGUCAGUUACUUCAACUGUAACUGCUGACCUUGACUGUAAUAAGAAAGAAAGGUUCUUUCACAAGUGGACAACAACACCCUCUAUGGAUAUGCACUUGAUCAACCCCAGUGUGGUUUGGCUGUUCUAUCUUAACCCAUAAUAGAAAAAAUUGCAAAUAACAAUAUGGAAUCAAUGAUACAUAACUAACAGGAUUGGUGAAGCAAAAGCGAAUAUAGCUUACAAAGAGAAAGAGAGACUGAUGAAGAAGCAAAA